GCCUGCUCCAUCUCCAACAAUGAGGAAGGGGUGAAAUUAGUUCGAAUGGCAGCCACCCAGAUCGACAGCCUGUGUCCCCAGGUCAUCAAUGCCGCGCUCACACUGGCUGCCCGGCCACAGAGCAAAGUUGCUCAGGACAACAUGGACGUCUUUAAAGACCAGUGGGAGAAGCAGGUCCGGGUGCUGACAGAGGCUGUGGAUGACAUCACCUCGGUGGAUGACUUUCUUUCUGUCUCAGAAAAUCACAUUCUAGAGGACGUGAACAAGUGUGUGAUAGCCCUCCAAGAGGGGGAUGUGGACACUCUGGACCGGACUGCGGGGGCCAUCAGGGGCCGGGCAGCUCGAGUCAUACAUAUCAUCAAUGCUGAGAUGGAGAACUAUGAAGCUGGUGUUUAUACUGAGAAGGUGCUAGAAGCUACAAAAUUGCUCUCUGAGACAGUGAUGCCACGCUUUGCUGAACAAGUAGAGGUUGCCAUUGAAGCCCUGAGUGCCAACGUCCCUCAGCCGUUUGAGGAGAACGAGUUCAUCGAUGCCUCGCGCCUGGUGUACGACGGCGUUCGGGACAUCAGAAAAGCUGUGCUGAUGAUCAGGACUCCAGAAGAACUAGAGGACGAUUCUGACUUUGAGCAGGAGGAUUAUGACGUGCGCAGCAGGACAAGUGUUCAGACUGAGGAUGACCAGCUCAUCGCAGGACAGAGUGCACGGGCCAUCAUGGCGCAGCUACCGCAGGAGGAGAAGGCAAAAAUAGCGGAGCAGGUGGAGAUAUUUCACCAAGAGAAAAGCAAGCUGGAUGCUGAGGUGGCCAAAUGGGAUGACAGCGGCAAUGAUAUCAUCGUGCUGGCCAAGCAGAUGUGCAUGAUCAUGAUGGAAAUGACGGACUUCACAAGAGGCAAAGGCCCAUUGAAAAAUACAUCUGAUGUCAUUAAUGCUGCCAAGAAAAUUGCUGAAGCAGGUUCUCGAAUGGACAAAUUAGCCCGUGCCGUGGCUGAUCAGUGUCCUGAUUCAGCAUGUAAGCAGGAUUUAUUGGCCUACCUUCAACGAAUUGCCUUGUAUUGCCAUCAGCUUAAUAUCUGCAGCAAGGUGAAGGCAGAAGUACAGAAUCUGGGAGGAGAGCUCAUUGUAUCAGGGCUGGACAGUGCUACAUCGCUCAUCCAGGCCGCAAAAAACCUGAUGAACGCUGUCGUCCUCACGGUCAAAGCAUCCUAUGUGGCCUCCACCAAAUACCAGAAGGUCUAUGGGACAGCCGCUGUCAACUCACCUGUUGUGUCUUGGAAGAUGAAGGCUCCAGAGAAGAAGCCCCUUGUGAAAAGGGAAAAGCCUGAAGAAUUCCAGACACGGGUCAGACGAGGUUCUCAGAAGAAACACAUUUCGCCUGUACAGGCCUUAAGUGAAUUCAAAGCAAUGGAUUCCUUCUAGGACGCUAGGCUUUAAGACAGCUUUUUUCUUUCUUUCUUUUUUCUUUCCUUUUAUUUCUCAAUCCAGUUUUUUUUGUAAGCAUACUUGCCGACAUGUAUGCCUCUGGCACGGGGAAAUUAUGGGAGCAGAGUCUGUUUGCAUGUAAGAUGAGAUGCGAUCAAUACUACUGAUCCAUCUCUAUGCCCGGAGAGGGGACAGGGACGUCCUGUCCUGAGGUGGCACGGAGCUGUUCUUGGCAACAUUCUCAUAAAAUUUGGUGCAGCGUUUGUAUUGCAAUGUUUACGGGAGUGGGAGGGAUGGGGAAAAUAAACGUAACUCUACAAGAGCAAAUUCUAAUGCAUGCAAGAAUAAUUAGGUUGGCAGGUAUAUUCAGUGAAAAAUCAGGAAGUGUAAUGGUAGAAGAUAAGGCUGUGUUGCUUCUGUUGCAAUGCAAAAAUGUAUGCGCCAAUACGCUGGUGUGUGUGGCCCUCAAAUGGAACAACUCAAAUGGAAGGCAUAGAUGUGGAUUUUAUAGUAAGGGGACACUAACUCCUCCAGCCUAAAAUGCGUCUUUUAAUCUGUAUUCUGUUCUUUCUUUUCUAGUAGUGCUCAUGCUAUCCAUUUUUCCCCUUCACUGAAGAUAAUAAAAAUUUAUUUGAGGCAAUUAUAAUCCUUCUGGGGGGACUGGAAGCACAAUAUAGUGUUCAAUCUUGCUUUUACUUUUUAAAAGAAAUUGAACUAUGAUUUUGCUAGAAGUAGGAGGCCCAGUGGUGGAAUGUUAGCGGAAUGGAAACUGACAAUGUGUGAAGGUUCAGAGGCAAAUACAUAGGUGUAGCUUGGAGUGCUGGUAUCUAAUAUGCCGUUGUAUCCACUAACUCAAAAUAAACACAUUUAACCUUGACAUCUGAAGAAUGUUUUCUUUCUUUAAAUGCAUACUUAAUAAAAGAUCAGAGCAUCUUCUUGGAAA